GCUGCACAGAGUUUUGAUGAUCUACAAUGACUGAACUCGUUUAUUGGUUUGUGUCGUGUAUGUGAGGGCGGUUUCUUCUGAACUUCGGAACCCCAAACGGAAACUGAGCUUGUGAGACUCCAGCAGUUACUGACUGUGGCAGGGCGGAGGGCGGGGCCGGGUCGUGAUCCUACACACCCGGUCCCGUAUUAGGCUAAUCAAGCCUCCGUGAGGGAUAAAGGUCGACUGCCAGGGGUGAAGGAGUCGCCUACCGGCCACCUGGAGCGGGAGAACCGCUGCCAGGGGCGGGGGAGACCCCUCCUGUUCACCGAGAACGUGACGGGGCGUUCCGUCUGCCAGGGGCUGGUGGUCUGCCUCUGAUCCGCCCAGAGAGGCACGGCUGUCAUCCGAUAGAGGGUGGAGGAGUGGCCAAGGAACAAGCUGCGGCGUAUCGGGGGAGACCCCUUCUGUUCCCCGAGAACGCGGCGGGGUGUUCCGUCCGCCAGGGGCUGGAGGUCUGCCUCUGAUCCGCCCGGAGAGGCGCGGCUGUCAUCCGAUAGAGGGUGGAGGAGUGGCCGAGGAACAAGCUGCGGCGUAUCGGAGAACUGGCGAUGGAAGAUGUCUAAAUUUGUAAAUGAUUCUUAGAAGCUAAUAAAUAAUGGAAAAGCCAGAGGAUUCUCCAAUUGAAACAUGGACUGAGUCUGUGGUGAGCGACUGGUUAAGGUCAAUAGAAAUUAAAGAAACAUACAUUGAAAAACUUCAUGAAGAGGAAGUAGAUGGUCAAAUCCUUCUUGAAAUCUCAGAGGAAUUUCUGAAAAGAGAGACUGGAAUUAAAUCUGGGCCAGCACUUUUAAUAAUAAAAAAAAGAGAUGAAUUAAUUAAUUUACAAAGAGCUCAGAAAAACAAGAAAUAUGUUCAUUCACACAAACAGACUACUGGAAAAAAAGACCACAGAGUGACUACACAUGAUGAUGACACAAGAACUGAAAUCAAGGAAAAAAUUAAAGAAGAUUAUUUUCCUGUUAGAAAAACAAAGAGAGAUUCAAAACCAAGACCUUUUGGCAAGGAAGGUGUUGAUUUUACAUAUGUAAAAAAUGAUGUACUCUUCCCAGAAUCAGGGGUUAUUGAUCUCAUUAAUCCAUGCCAUGAGUACAAGUCAUUUGCAAUUGCAGCAACAUUGGACCGCCAAAGACUACAGGCCAAGUUUGCAAACGAAGUGUUCGCAUUUGCUACGGGGUGUAUGAACAUUCGUUCAAAUGGCACAAUACAUUUUGGUAUCAUGGACAGCAGAGAAGAUAGAGAUGGCACUAAAUAUGUACACGGUGAAAUCAUUGGCGUUCCAGUUGAGGAAAAGGAUGUGUAUACUGAUGCAUUAGAUCACAUCGAAAAGAGUUUCAAGUCAGAUAAAGAACUUGUACGACAAUGUAUUCAUCCACCUCAGUUCAUUCAAGUAGUUUCUUCAAACAGCAACGAGGAGCACUAUGUUGUGGAGGUUGACGUUGAGCCCUCCGUGAGCAUAGUGAGGAAUAAGGUGUUCUCUGUUUGCCUACCAAACUUCAAUGAAAAGGCAAACAAAGUUCAUUAUGAAAAAGACAAAAUUUAUCGCAGAGUAGGAUCUAAAACAGAACCGGUGGAUGACAUGAAUGAGUUCUACCAACGGGUCAGGUUCAGAGAUACUCAGAGAGAGGAGGCAGAGCAAAGGCAUACUUUUACAGCCCCAGAACUGUGCCAGGACCUGGGGAAAAAGCUCAUCAUGCUCAUGACAAACGGAAAGAAAAUAAUGGACAAGGACAAGUGGCACAUACUUGUUACAAACACAUUUCUGGAGAAGGAUCUACAACGCAUUGAUUUCCUGCUGAACAUGAACAUGUUCUGUGUGUUUGACUUUGAUCCAGAUUCCAUGGUGUCUGGGUUAUGCCACGAAUACCAAAAACACCAUGCAGUAAACCUCCAUUUCCUGCAGAAUUACAAAAUUCCCAGUGGUUUGAGUAUCAGAGAAUUUGAAAGUCACUUGCAUUUGUUUGAUCAAACCAGCUGGAUAUUUUGCAAUGGGCGAAGUGAUUUUAAAGGCAAUGAGCCUCCCUGUGAUGAGAAGACUUGGGUUAAAACAAAAAGAACCCUCCUUAAAGAUUGUGUGUCAUUGAUCUGCAAAGAUAUCUUGCCCAAAGGAACCUUUCAAGUGAUCUUCCUUCUCACUGCCCCGGUUGACACACCUUUCCUAAACACUUUCUACGAGUUCGUCACUGACAUGCAAGGACAUGAAGACAUCACCUGCCUUGCAGAAUCAGAAACAAACUUUAAGAAAUGGCAGACCUUUGCUUUACAAUCCUGUGACCUGGAGACAGUGAACAAUUCCAGUGUUGUGGGUAUGAAAAUAAGUCACAUAAAUGCAACCCUUCAAAGUGUCCAGCCUGUCAGUACUCGGUCCACAAAGAGGUUACCAAUCUAUGUUAAAGGGGAGUGCUGUCUUGACACACGAGAGGAGGAAAUGAGACGUUCACUGGAGAUUUUGAGUGUCAACCACUGUGAAGAAACUAGUCCUGAAUUUGUUGACUCUGAGAAAGACAAGAUAGAGCAGCAGUUUUACCAUGGAGGCAAAGUAACUUGGAUGAACCUCUGGCUUGCAGAACAAAAAUACAUUGGGGAGGUUAUUCAAAGAGAUGCCUUUCAUGAAGUCACCAAAUUUGUGAAAGAUUCUCCCAAAUGGGGUUUGGACCAGACUCCCAUCAGCUGCAUCAACAUAUACCAUCAUCCUGGCAGUGGUGGUAGUACAGUGGCUAGGCAGGUACUAUGGAACAACAGAAAGGACUUGAGGUGUGCAGUUGUGAAAACGUCCUACCCAGCACCUGUUGUUGCAGUAGAUGCUGUUUGGCUUCGUGAGUACGAAGAAAAAGAUCCCCAAAAAUGCCUCCCGGUGCUCUUGCUAUUUGAAGACUGUGAUCAAGAGUACUUAUACGAUGUAAAGAAUGAACUGGAAGUGGCUGUCAAUACCAAGAAAAUUGCACGUGGAACCCUGUGCUUCAUUAUACUGUGCUGUCAACGAUGCCACAAUCCUGAGAAAAUGUGCAAGAAAGCACCUCUACAGAAUGUUGCUGUAACUCAUAAACUUUCAAAGCGAGAGAAAAUGCAAUUUUCAGCAAAACGGCAAAAGCUUGAAAAACAAUUCCAGCCAGAAUUUAUUCUGACAUUUGUCCUGAUGAGUGAGGAAUUUGAGAGCAACAAAAUUGCAGCAUAUGUUAAAAAGUUUGUCACACAUUUACUGCAAGGCAUUGAUCACGCAUCUGUUGUUACUCAGCUUGUGCGGUACGUGGCAUUACUCAACACUUACGUGCAAAACUCUUUUAUCUCUCGUUCACAUUGCGAAGAGGUGUUGGCGCUGUCCAUCCAUGUGGAUAGAUUUCGACAACAUGCCUUUGAGACAUCUCUUAGUGAUCAAGCUAAAUUGGUAUUGAUACACUUGAAAGAUGAAAAGUCCCACAUUGAGUGUAUCAGAAUCAUUCACCCACUGGUUGCCAAAGAAAUCCUCCACCAACUUUUGGAUGACAAACAGCAACAAAGUGAUAUUGCGUUGGAUCUUCUUAACAAUGAGGCGCUUUUUGGGCACAGAUUUGGUAAAUAUGAUUACAUGAGGUUUUUGCGAGAUCUGUUCAUGAGACGCUGCAAAAUCAUCAAAGGUGAUAAGCAUGACAGCUUCUUCUCCCCCCUCAUUGAGCAUGUGGUAGACAAAGAGUGUUCAGAUAAAGCUAUUGAGCUUCUCAAAGAGGCUUACAAAAGAUUUGACAAGGAUGCAUUUUUUGCUCAACAACUUGCUCGUCUCAAUUACAGACAUGAAAGAUUCGAAGAUGCAGAGUAUUGGGCAGAAAUUGCAGCAACAAAAAUGCCAAAGAAUUCCUACAUCCUUGAUACCAGAGGCCAGGUGUACAGAUGGUGGUUCACAGCAAAAUGCAAAGCCUUGGACAGUGUUGAGAAAACUCCUGAAAACACAAUAGAUGCUGUCAAAACUGCUCUAAAAGCUAUUGAAUGCUUUAAGGCAUGUGAGGAGGCAGCGAUUUCAGACAAUGAGACAAUGAACAACGCUGGGUUUUUUGGAGUCAUCGAAGUGGGAUGCAGCUUGCUAAAGCUAAUUGCCUCUCUUCACGUGUUCUCAAACAGAAAUUAUUCAAAAUUUGUAAGAUACCUGCAAACAGACUUUGUCCCUGAAGAGAUUGAAAAACCAUGGGAACAGUUUCAUAGUGAGCUGAAAAACCUUCGAGUCAUAAUGCGGAAGGCUUUGGAAUGGAUUUCUGAAGACUUGAGCUACUUCCAGACUGACCAGGUCACAGAUGAGGAGAAGACCUCUGAGAGGACCAUACUGAAUCCCAGGCGCUGGCUAGUUAGUAAGUCUUCUGUUUAUGGCCAAUAUUUCUGCAAUGCUUACCGUUGCAAUAUCCAAAGCCAAGCCAGCUUAACUCCUCUCAUGAAACAGAUGAUGAUUUAUCAACAUGGUGGUGGAAACAUUACUACCAUUUUUUCCCACCUAACAGACCAGAAAGACAGUGAUGCUGUCAGUCACUGCCUGGAGUGCAUUAUUUCAUUUUACCCAAGCAAUCCUAAGAAUGCAAAUAUGCCACAGGGUGACAUUGUCAACUACAUAGCAUCACACUUUGCCUUAAGUUGCGUCUCGGCUCAAUCUUCUAAGUUAGCUGCAUUCCAGGAUCUACAGAAGCUGAGUCUCCAUUUUCCUAAUGACAGACAGAGAUGCUUGUCCAAUGCUCUUUUCUUACUCGUCUUACUUUGGUGGCCAGAAGAGCAUGACAAUGACUUGGAGAAAGAACACAAGUAUGAAACUGUUCUCUCUGCUGUUGAACACCUCCAGAGAAACUACGACAAGAAAUUGAAGGAUAUCCCGCAAAGGAAAAAAAGAAUAUACACUCAUUUCUUCCUGAGCAAUGGGGUUGGAUUUCAAAAAUAUGUCCACAAGAGCAAGGUUGAACAGAUCACAAAGCAACCCUCCGUUUCAGAGAAACGGCUGAAGUGGUUAAGUGGAGAAGUUUGGAAAAUGCCAGAAAUUUCUAAAAUGCUCAGAUGUGUCACAGGCUGGACAGAGGAUGAAAGAGUAUAUCUAGAGGGUCCCAAAACAAGGUUUCGCAUCCCAGCUCUUAAUAUAUCCUCAGUACCCCACAGCAAUGAGAAUGUCACCUUUUACUUGGGCUUCACUCUGAGAGGACCGGUUGCAUACAACAUUACAGUAAGAACACAGUCAAAGCUGCAAGUACGCCAUAAUGAGAAAGAACAUGGUUACAGUUCUUAGUUGACAAACAUGAUGCUUUGACUUUAAUGGCCUAGGAUCUGUCUUCAGGGGAUCAGUGCUUGAGCAAAUCACUUAAAGACAAGAUAAUUUAAGAUUGUAGAUUAACAAGUAUAGUCAUGUUUGCCUGGAGUUGUUUUCAGUAUUGCUAUAAAAAGGAAUGAAUGCUAUAAAAUCUAAUAUUUUUUUUUUUUUUUUAAUGUUAUUCUAUGUAGUGUAAUUUUACUGACAGUUAUCAUGUUUUUAUUCUUUCUCAUCGCUAGCAAUUAUUCUUUAACUUUUAGUCAAAAUAAGUAAUGAAAAUAGUUUCUGUCAAAUAUUAUGUAGGCUAUAAAUGUAAAAAUAUGGGACUAUAUUAAGACUUAAAAAAAAAUUAUGCUUAGGUACAUGUAUAUGUAUCUACUAUUGAGAUGUGUCUUUCUGUGUAAAACUAGGAGAGAUGUUUUCUGUAAACUGACUGUGGAGAAAAUAAAAACCUUCAAAGGUGGAAGAUGACAUUUUACUAUUUUGCUCUUCAUGCAGAUAACAGUUUCCAUUUUUAUCUUAUUUAACUAGGUUACCAUUUUUUUCCCAAAUAUGAAUUCUGAGGAAUAAAAUCUUAUUGCAUGUUGAUGCUUUGUAUAAGAAUAAAGGCAUUUGAA